AUGAUUAACUACAAGGUCAAGGCCACGUGUGAAGCGGCAGGGAUGAGGUAUCCGUGCUACUUCUCAGGUGGAGACGGGUGUACCAGCUACUGGACCUCGGGCUGCAUCAGGUAUGACCACGGCGGUGGCAGCUGCUAUAGUACAAACCAGGUCCUCUCGGCAAACAUGUGUGGUAGUACUAACCCUCCGCAAUGUCAGUCCCUUGAUGACACCUUUGUGUACAUGCCUGGCAUUUGGAGUGAUGACAGCGCCUGGGGAGUGGACUAUGAGACUCAGAGCCACGGCCUGCCAGGAGCAAACUACAACAACAAGUACGCCCUGUGUGCAGACUUUGAUAACUGCGCGUCCUCCCCAUGCACACAUGGAACCUGUACGGAUGGAGUGGGGAGCUACACCUGUAGCUGUGAGAACGGCUGGAAAGGGACAGACUGUGAUCAGGACAUUAAUGAAUGCACGUCCUCCCAUUGUGUCCAUGGAACAUGUACGGACGGUUUGGCGAGCUACACCUGUAGCUGUGAGAACGGCUGGGAAGGGACAAACUGUGAUCAGGAUGUAGACGACUGCUCGUCCUCCCCUUGUGCUCAUGGAACCUGCAAAGACGGCUAUACAAACUACACCUGUAGCUGUGAGAACGGCUGGGAAGGGAUGAACUGUGAUCAAGAAGUCGACGAGUGCGCGAGCAACCCUUGCUGGUUGGGAGGAACCUGCCUGGAUCAAGUGGACGGCUACAGCUGUGUCUGUCCGCAAGACAAGACGGGCAAGAACUGUGAAACUGGUAUUACAUUUUGUUCUUCAAGAUUUUAG